AUGCGAAAGGAGAUGCUGUCUGGUGGGAAGCAGCAGAAGGGCAAGGCCCAGGAGAGCCUGCAGCAGAGCGUGGGGCAGAUGUUGCGACGUGCCCAGGAUACGCAGCAUGGCUUCCAAGACAAGGUGACUGCUUUCCUUGACAAAGCAGCAGUGAGUGCAGCAGAAGAGUCGUCCCCUGAAAAGCUGCGAGAUGGCGAUGAUGCACGGUCCGUGUUCGGGGACGGCUCGGUUGCUGGCUCUGAGAAGAACCAGUUGAAGGGUCUGGCUGCCGAAGACCUGCUUGGCGAGAUGGAGAGUGCCCCGAAGAGCAAUGGCAAAGGCGGUGGCAGGAGGGUCAAGGACAUCGCCCGGCUUCGGGCAACUGCGUACGAGAAGCAGAAGAAGGUGCUGAGCACUCUGGGCACCGACGCAAUCAGCCAGAUUGAAGCCGCGGACAAGCUGGUUAAUGACAACCAGGCCUCGAAGACGGAGUACGAGCACUUCUUUGACAUCAUCAAGGUGCGAAAGGACCUGUUGCAGCAGCUGGCAGGCAAGGACACCACACAGGCGGCGUACGAGUCCUAUGUGCAGGGAUUGGACGACAAGAGCCUUGCCUUGCAGCCUCUUGCAAAGGCCGUUCUGCUGAAGACACAGGCCUUGCCCGGAUGCAACGACCUCUGCCAGUCGGUGCUGGUGCAGACCGAGAAGGGCGAGUUGGACAACUGUUGUAAGGACUUGACGGAUCACGUUGCCGUCCACAACCAGGUCCGAAAUGCCCUGAAAACCAGCUGCAAGGACUUGGACUCCACCGUCAAGCAGGCCCUGCGGCGGCAGAAAAAGGAGAAAGAAAAGGCGGACAAGCAGAAAGCGAGUGACGAGAAGAAGAACACAGAGGACAAGCAAGCCUUGGCGGAGAAGCUGAAGGCAGACAAGGACAAAGGUGUGUACUCCACCCUUCUGCAAGCCCCAGCCAACCUUCUCACUGAGCUUGGAAUGAGCAGCGUGGCAACAUACCCCGAUGUUGCUGCAGUGAAGACUUCCAUCAUCAAGAGCGAGGCUCCCUUCAUCAUCACCUCUUUCAGUGAAGUGAAGGCAUUCAUCGAUCAAAGGCCUGCGCUGAAGUGCUUGAUCACCAACUUCAGCCAUCAGUUCCCGGGAACUGCCAUGUGCUCGAGAACUGGAAGAGCCCAGUCCCCAGUGAAAACUGCGAAGGGCGACAACAUUGCAGAGGAUCUGCAAGCCUUGCUUGGUGGGGUUGUUCCUCUCCUCGAGACAAGUGUUCCGGAGAAGUUGCAGUCCGUCACACACGCUGCCCUGUAUGGCUUUACGAGUGACAUGGUCUACUAUGGCUUCGAGGAGAGAGGCCUGCCACAGUUGCGCUACAUCUGCCAUGGCUCGCGGCAAGUCUUCAUGAUCCACGUGCAGGAUUUCCUUGCGACCAUCUCCAAAACAGACAAGGCAGACCUCCGUGAAGUGCUGCAGCUGUGGAAGGUGAUGGAUAUCUUUCGGUGGAAGCAGAUCGAAGGGGGCUUGCCUGUGCUCCACACCUGCAUCCAGAAGCCCGGCUCCUUGAUGUACAUCCCGCCAGGGUUUUUGAUCGCCGAGAAAGUGCUCAACAGUGAGAAGGUGGUGGGGAUCAGAAUGAGCUUGAUCCCUCGCUGCUCGAAGAAUGCGGCCCAGUUGGACAAAUUCAGAAACCUGCUCCCUGCAGAGCAUCCGUACCUUGAGAUGACAGAGCUUGCUGUUAACAGCAUGCGCGAGUCAUGA